AUGGCGGAAUCAGUCAAAUCGAGCUUCAAAAUUUCGGAUGUUGAUUUAACAUAUCCUUAUUAUAUUCAUCUGUCUGAUCAACCGGGAUAUUCACUUGUUCCAAUCAAAUUAAAUGGAACAAAUUACCAAUCUUGGAGUAAAUCAGUUAUGCAUGCUCUUGUUGACAAAAAGAAAAUUGGCUUCAUUGAUGGCACAAUUGAAGAACCGUCUCAAGAUGCAAAUUCAACCGAAUUUGAACUCUGGAAUAAGUGCAACAGUAUGAUAAUAUCUUGGUUAACUCAUUCAGUUGAAGGAGAUAUUGCUGAGGGUAUUAUUCACGCCAAGACAGCUCAUCAAGUGCUGAAGCUUGAUGAUUUUGUAACUGAUUGCGUUCGGUGUGCUUUUCGAUACUGCCUUGGUCUUGAAUGA